AUUUUAUUAUGGGAUUAGACCGGAAUAGUUAAGAUUUCUCUCGCUCGCUUUUAUUUCAACAAUUGGUGAUUCAAAUUAAAGAGAACGAGUUUAGAUCGCUUUGAACGACACUCAGCUGUGUCUGCCUACCCCUACCUUUGAUAAACGGACAGCAGACAACGUCGUCUCGAGGAUAAAUGGAUUAGAAUGUGACUGAGCUGUUGUUGGACAUGACGAAAAUCCAACCACUUUGCUCCUAGAUACAGACUACUGGCAGAAAUUCACAAAGAAGAUGAUUUCAAAGAUGCAGUGUGUUAUCAACGUUUUACUUAUGGCAACUUCCAUAAUAUGCGUGGAUUCGAGUACUUCGGAACCAGUUUCUGGGACAACCUUUUCACAUGGCAGUACAACCAUUUCAUCAUACACUACAACUGUUUCAACAACAAGUGCAACAUUUUCAACAGAUACGAAUACAACACAAUCAGACUCGUCCAAUAAAACUGCUCUUCUACAAACAGGAGUGACACAAGAUGCAAAUAUAACUGAAAAUGAAAAAGUAACCCAAGAAAAAGAAUCAAGCACUGACCAAUCAGUACUAAGCAAAAUUGUUAAUGGUAGUGCUGAAGAAACUACAAAAGCGUUCCCUUUUGGCAACAACGGACAGAUCAAUCCAAGGGAGUUUGAUUUUUCAGAUCUUUUUAAGAAAGGGCCUGGUCCAAAUCGUACUCUCCCGAACUGGACAAAUGGCACAUCAGAUCCUGAAAUCAAUGUAGUUCAACUCACCCUGGUGGCUAUUGUAUAUGGACUUACAUUUCUUAUGGGAGCAAUAGGUAAUAUAUUUGUGUUGAUCGCUGUCCUGGCGUUCAUCAAGACCGCUGAUAUCACCAAUGUGUUCUUAUUAAGUCUCUCGUGUGCGGACUUACUACUCAUACUCGUCUGCCUACCAUUCAGGGCGGUUGAGUACUUUAUGGAUGGCUGGCACGCUCCAGGGUGGACGUGUUACAUGGUGACAUACUUGGUGAGGGUCAGUUUCAGUUGUUCGAUCCUUACAUUGACUAUGAUGGCAGUAGAAAGAUACUACGCCAUUUGCCACGCAUUGAAGUCCAGAUAUAAGUCUACAACCAAGAAGGCGUGGCUCACCUGUGGUAUCGUGUGGUUGGCAUCGUUUGUACUGGCACUGCCGACGUUUUUCGCCCAUAGCACUGAAGGACAGUAUUGCAUCUGGUCCUUUCCCGCGCCUGACCCAGUGCUCCGCCGUCGUCUGUACUUUCUCUACUGGCUCUGUGUCCUUUACAUCAUACCUUUCAUCAUAAUGGCCUUCGCCUAUCUGUCCAUCAGCGUGUUCCUCUGGAGGAGUAUCUCCAAGGCUGGGGGUCUCAAAGGGGGACAGACACCGCAGAAUGGCACUGCACCAAAGACUACAGAUGACAGUCAAGGUCGGAUAAAGGUAAUCAAGAUGCUGAUCAGCGUAAUGGUCAUCUUCAUGAUUUGCUGGGGCCCUAUUCUCAUUCUUGAUGUCGUGGACACAUUCUACGCAUUGGCUCUUGUACUUCGACCUGUAGGGACAUCUAGAGAGCUGAAACUUUGGCUCCGGUUGUUGGCCUAUUUCAACAGCUGUAUAAACCCCAUAUUAUACUGUUUCCUGUCCAGAAAGUUCCGUCAAAGUUUCCUGAAGAUUUGUGUAUGUGGCAGGAAGAGCAGAAGCCAGAAAUAUCUAAAUACCCCCAAUACAACAACAACAUCAACCAGUGCCUCUAUGAAGGCAAACACUAAUACAGCUAUCUCUAAUGGGGCCACCACCACAAAAUUCUAGACAUUACCCGGGCUCUCCCCAUUGGUACUGCUAUCUAUGACGAGGCCACCACCACAAAAUUAUAAGCAACACCUAGGAUCUCCCCAUUGGUACAGCUAUCUCUAAAGGGGCCCAAUCACAAAUUUCUAGGCAUCACCCGGGAUCAGCCCACUGGUGCAUGGAACAACCAUUGAUCAAGUUCCAAAGCAUCUUAUUCAACUUAUUAAUCCUGAUUUACCAGACAAACUUAUCUAGGUCUGAGGAGAUAAAGACUGGAGAGAGUCUAAGAAAACGUUUGAUACAUGUGUACAUGUAAAUCCACACCAUAUGUAUUCCUUUCAGUCAUAUCAGAGUCACAAGUGGGUAGGUACGUGUGUUCAUUUCAUAGGACCUAAACCAGACAUUUCCAGAGGGGCUUCACAGAAAAUACAUUAAAUAUACCAGAUGACUAGUUGUAGAAAGAUUCUGUAAAGCGAUAUA